GCAGGGCCAAGCCUCGUCUUUCCUGCGACUACUGAGCAAACCAAAGCAUCAGCCUCCCUCUUUUUGCGCAUGGACCACCCUCUAGUGUUCUCCGACCGGGCCAGGUUGACUGAGCGGCCCUUCAUUGUCAAUGAGAGCAAAGACUCAGGGAGCGUGAGGAGAGCAUGGAGGCUAUGACAACUCAACGCGGCUAAGACCCUAAACUGCAUCCCCCAACGAGCAUCUGCUGGUCCGCUGACAACCGGGAGAGCAUCAGCCAAGAUGGAAUAACACACACUGAACAGAGUCUGAGUAGCUCAAUAAAUGUCUGAGACUGACUUUCAUUUUCCAUCAGCAUGGGAAGUCUCAUCACAAACCAGCGCAGAAAUCCUUGUUUAUGGUGACACAUCAAGAGUGAAAGAAUGGGACCUGGAAUGUGGAGUUGGUUGACUUUGUUUGGUCUGUUCCUCUGGAGCAACAGUGAAGCGCUCAUCAAGAACCAAGUCCUCUCCCGGGCACGGAGAGCUCCGGAGGCCAAUGGACAAAACAACAGGUGCUCCUACACCUUCCUGGUUCCCGAGCAGAAGAUCACAGGCCCCAUCUGCGCAGCCAAAGGUCCUGUCCCCGACAAGGACCGAGUGACUCGUCUUGAUGUGGCCGCAGUGCGCGACCUUCUGUCAAAGCAAAGGCGGGAGAUGGAGACUCUGAAGCUGGUGGUGGACGUGGACGGAAACCUGGUGAAUGAGAUGAAGCUGCUGAGGAAAGAAAGCAGGAAUAUGAAUUCCAGGGUGACCCAGCUCUAUAUGCAGCUGCUGCACGAAAUCAUCAGAAAGAGGGACAACUCACUGGAGCUGGCUCAAUUGGAGACACGCAUCCUGAAUGCCACCGCUGAGUCACUGCGGCUGUCUUCCCGUUACAAGGAACUGGAGGCCAAAUACGCUGCCCUCUCGGCCAUGGUGAACAACCAGUCAGUGAUGAUCGGAGCUCUGGAAGAAAGUUGUAUGAAGAUGCAUGAUCGCAAACAAGAGCCGCCGCCUCUUGGGCCGCCGAUGGUGCAUGUGGUGCCUGAGAACAUCCCUGUUAAUGUACCGCGUUUCACCAAUGAGAUCCGAGGGGAUAAUAGCGGAAGCUUUGCCCGCGAAAGGGGCUCUCGCUCCGGGCCUUCACCAACGGGUGAAAGCAUGGAAGUCCAGAAACCUCCUCAGACAAACUUUAGUGCUGAAGGUCCAUUCAGAGACUGUCUGGAGGCUCAAGAGGCGGGCCACGUUAUCAGCGGCAUGUACCUGAUCAAACCUGACGAGGCCGAGAAGUCCCUGCAAGUCUGGUGUGAGCAGGAUAUGGACAACGGCGGCUGGACUGUGAUUCAGAGUCGAAAGGACGGCUCUGUUAACUUCUUCAGAAACUGGGAAAACUACAAGAGCGGGUUUGGCAACACAGAUGGGGAGUAUUGGCUUGGGCUAGAUGGCAUUUACAAGCUGGGACGUCAGGCCGACUACAAGCUCCAGGUGGAGCUGGAAGACUGGAUGGACAAGAAAGUGUACGCUCAGUACAGCAGCUUCCACCUCGAGCCUGAGAGCGAGGGCUACCGUCUGCGGUUGGGCACCUAUCGAGGCAAUGCUGGCGAUUCCCUCAGCAGCCACAACGGCAAACAGUUCACGACUUUGGAUCGAGACAAGGAUGCCUUCUCAGGUAACUGUGCCCAUUUCCACAAAGGAGGCUGGUGGUACAACGCUUGCGGCCAAGCCAAUCUGAACGGCGUGUGGUACAGCGGAGGCGUCUACAGAAGCAAAUUCCAAGACGGAAUCUUCUGGGCUGACUACGGCGGCGGCUUCUACUCCAUGAAGUCCGUCCGCCUGAUGAUUCGGCCCAUAGAUGGAUGAAGCGACACUGGACUGUGUUGGUCCACUCACAAAACUUGAAGCUCCUUUUUAAAAUGCGAUGUCAAAGGUCAUCGUUGACAGGAGGGUUCCACCAGAUCAACAUCAGUAGUGUAUAGCGCUCCCUCCUUUAUCAGGUUGGACUGCUCUGUUUAUAUGUACAUGCAUAUCGCUAAAGAAACAUAAAUAGGGACGUUGGGGGAGGGGCGUAUUUAUAAGAUGUAUCGUGACCCUAACCAAUCAUUUUCUCUAGAUAUGAAAGAAAAUGAACGACUGCAGGUGCAGUUUAAUCAAUGUUAUGCAACUCGAUAUUGCAACAUAUCUAAUUUGACCGCCUUUGUUUCCCUGAUCCCCUGCUCCAUCCAAAACAGCAGCUGUAAGGAUUAAAACGGUAAUGCUGCUCUUCCUACCUCACCGCCAAUAUAAACAUUUGUAGGAAACACACAUUUUUGAGAUUUAACUUUUGCCAUAGUUCCUAGAAACUGGAAAUGAUCGCUUUAUUUUGACUCACCCCUCCUUGGAACAAGGCUUUUCAUUUUCUCUUCACACUUGGUAUGACCUUUGUGAGAUAUGUUUGAGCAGAAACUCUUAAUUUAUAUGUACAAUUAACUUAACAUAACAAUGAAAAGGGCCCGGUGUCCUGAGAGAAAGGAUGUGUAACAGUCAUGUAGUGCGCGUUCUCACAGUAUGGACAUGUGUUGCUUGUUUUACUCCAUUUGGUUUUGGUGAGUCUGCCGGAGUAGCAGUUGUGAAAUGGUGUGUUGUUCUGCAGAGUUUUAAGAGUUAUAGGCCCUUAGACAAACGAUGAGAAACACAUUUCACGAGGCCAGACAUGGUGGAGUGAGAAAAAAAAGCAGAUUUCCAAGUUGGUCCCACGUGCCCCCUUUUAAAUACAGACAUUUACAUUCUUUCCACAUACACACACAAAAAUCGGCUUGAACUGUUUGUUUUUGUCACGGGUCGGCGCGUAACGCAAGUUUGCCUCCUUCUAGAGGAGAGGAGUGGACAUACAACACUUGAAACACAACAAGCCUUUGGUCCCUGAAACUGAAAAUCGUCUGCCUUACUGCUCCAUGUGGCUGUUUGACCGGAUCGGCCUUCCCACUCAUCACUUUACAAGGUUACGGGAAAUGAAAAGUUCCUUGCUUGUGAUUGUUCACAAAUUAGCGGCCCCCUCCCGUUUACUGCGGAUCAAACGACCUCACUUUUGAGAUUCGGCGCAUUUACUAAGACCCGGAUGCGCCUCAUGUGUUUUAUUCUUUGUUGAGAUGACAACGCACAUUCCGAGUUUAUUUUAUGGAUGUGAAUCGUGCAGAUAAAUGAUGGCAUUAAAUCGAGUGGAAGAAACAGAUUUUCUCUCUGGAAAAAAAAAAGUUGUCCGAGUGAUGUACGGGAACAUUCUGUACUUGACUUCAUCGAAAUGAGGGAUUCUGUUCAACACUGAUGCUUGUGUGAUCCUUGUUGUUGCAGCAACAAGUUGACAGAGGGAAGAUAUAUUUCAGGAUGACAUUUCAUCCAGACACACAUUUUUGUGGAUGAGUGGAAAAGAGCAAUUCAUCAGUUCAUGUGUGACUCAGAACCACAAUUAUUUAUGACGUUUUCUUAGAGUAUUCGUCAAACCAUUGUUUGUUUGUUUUUUCCAAACAUUGAGACGUUUUAUUCAUUUUGUGCAUUCUAGUGCAAAAUCAUACAUAGCCUGUUAGGUUGUUUUUUUUUUUCAUUUGAAAGGGUAUCAUCUGGCUGGAAAUGAUACAUAAAAAGGCCAAAAAGUUAUUUUCACUAGAUUCCAUUCAAAUUCACUUUAAUCCAUUCGAGGACAGCGGUUACUACAGCCGACACCAUAUCAUGAUGUCGGGUUACGAGGUGCAUGAAAGGGUUAGUUCAACAUUUGGCAUGAAUAAUUUGAUUGGAGAUUAUAAAGUACAUUUUGUCAUUUU